AUGGGCAGCGCUACUUCGAAAGACCGCUAUGACCGCGCCGCCACCACCGGCAUUCUGACCCUCAACACGCAGAAGGUCAAAUCGUGGUCAAGCCUCACCAAGUCCCUUACGAAGCUCUCCGCGCUGCGCAUCAUCACGAUCACCCACAAUCCUCUCCACGAUCCCGUUCCGUAUGCCUUCACCGCCCUUUCUCUCUGGAGCACGCUCGUUAGCCUGGACCUCUCUCACAACGGACUCACGUGCACGUGCGCUCUCGGGAGUGAGGCACCGUUGUCCAAGACGCACGCUGAGGAGGCACGAGCACGCAUCGCGGGUGCCCCCGUGAGCAACGCUGCCCACGGCACCACACGGCUGCCCCUCGAGUCACUCAACAUUUCCGGCAACAAUUUGCAUAUGCUGCCUCCGCUCCUCACUGCACGCUUUCCGCGCCUGCGCCGCCUCGUCUGCACCGACAACAAGACGACGCUCCACAUUCCGCUUUCACUGGCGCGGUGCAUGGGCCCGAGUAAGAGCCUCGAGGUGGUCGCACUCCAGCGUAACCAGCUGAGCACCUUCGUUAUCGCUGACAACACCAUCGAUAAACCGUUCCCGGCGCUGCGAGAGCUCCUCCUUGAUCAGAACCACCUAGGCGGCACCGUGAGCUUGGGUUUCGCAGCGGGCGAGGAGGCGCCAACGAUGGCGUCGCUGAGGCGGAUCAGCUUAGAUGAGCAGAGGGGAAAGGAGCCGCUCCGCCGCAUCAACGCGGCCAUUUUCGCGCACUGUCCGGGCCUCACCUCCCUUUCUCUCCGAGGCAACUGCAACGAGGAGGAGAUCUAUGACGCACUCGUGCAGUCCGAUAUCUACCGCAAGUGGCAGGAGCGCAAGAAGGACGUGGUCGACAAGAGGCUUCACGCCGGUGGCCAAGCGGAGCUCAUUUGA